UCUUAUCGGAUAAAGAUAGAACUUCAAAAUAAUGAAACUAUCUGCUCGAGUGAGAGGAGAUUGGUUUGCUGUACCAUGCAAAGGGGCCGAGAGUGUAAAAUGGCUGGGAGAGGAGACAUUAAGGAGAUACUACAAAGCCAAGAGUUCCUCGGGUCAUGCUAUAGAAAAAGUAUUCGAAGUGAGAAAAGCCAAAGGAGGGGCAAUUUUAGAUCAAGAUGACGCCAUUAAACAUGUACUGGAUGACAAUGAUUUUGUUACUGUGGUUCUGGACAGUGAUAUGUCCAGUCCAGUGACAGGUCCAGCAGAACCUGUGUACGUUGAAGAAAAAAUACCAGAAGCCAGCGUGGAGACAGCGAGAGAGUAUUUAUCUUUGGAUGGUAACAGCUUGUCACUGGAUGACUUGGUCAGACUUGGAAAAGGACAUUACUUAAUAAAGAUGACAGUUGAUGCAGAACAGAAAGUUCAGAAAGCCAGAGAUCUCUUAGAAGAUAUUGUGGAUAAAAACAAACUUGUAUAUGGAAUCACAACAGGAUUCGGCAAGUUCGCCCGGGUUAAUGUAGAGAAAGAUAAGUUAAAUGAGCUACAGGAAAACUUGAUUAGAUCGCAUGCAGCAGGAGUUGGACCACCGCUGUCGCCAGAGAGGACAAGGAUGUUAUUGGCCCUUAGGAUUAAUGUUUUAACCAAAGGAUACAGUGGAAUCUCGAUGGCAAAUCUUAAAAAAUAUAUUAAGGCGUUUAAUGCAUCCUGUUUACCGUGGAUACCAGAAAAAGGAACAGUUGGUGCCAGUGGAGAUUUGGCACCACUAUCGCAUCUAGCACUGGGAAUGAUGGGGGAGGGUAAAAUGUGGAGUCCUAAAAGUGGAUGGGCUGAUGCAAAAUAUGUUUUAGAGUUCAACAAUUUAGAGCCAAUAAAGCUUGGACCUAAAGAGGGACUGGCUCUUAUUAAUGGAACUCAGCUGAUAGCAGCCCUCGGGGCGGAAGCUGUAGAACGUGCCGAGUCAAUAGCAAGACAAGCUGAUGUAGUAGCUGCCUUUACCUUAGAUGUUCUGAAAGGGACCACCAGAGCUUUCGACAGUAAUAUUCAGAGUAUACGACCCCACAAAGGUCAGAUAAAUGUGGCCAGUAGAUUGAGAUCUCUAUUGCAUUCGGAUACACAUCCUUCAGAAAUAGCAGAAAGUCAUCGAUUUUGUGAUAGAGUACAAGAUGCUUAUACAUUAAGGUGUUGUCCUCAGGUCCAUGGAAUUGUUAAUGACACUAUAGAUUUUGUGAAAGGAAUUUUAACCACAGAAGUUAAUAGUGCAACAGAUAACCCUAUGGUAUUUGCAGACAGGAUGGAAAUUAUAUCUGGAGGAAAUUUCCAUGGAGAAUAUCCGGCAAAGGCUUUAGACUAUUUAGCUAUAGGUGUGCAUGAAUUAGCCAAUAUGAGCGAAAGAAGAAUAGAAAGACUUGUCAAUCCAGCUUACAGUGAGCUUCCAGCUUUCCUUACACCUGAAGGAGGUCUCAAUUCCGGAUUUAUGAUUGCACAUUGCACUGCAGCUGCUUUAGUCAGUGAAAAUAAAGUUUUGUGCCAUCCUGCAUCAGUAGAUUCCUUGACAACAAGUGCUGGAACAGAAGAUCACGUGUCCAUGGGUGGAUUUUCGGCAAGAAAGUGUUUACGAGUGGUAGAACAUGUUGAACAGGUUAUUGCUAUUGAACUGUUAUCAGCUUGCCAAGCUAUGGAAUUUCUGCGUCCUUUGAAAUCUACACCACCAUUAGAAGAGGUCUAUAAAUUAGUAAGGAGUGUAGUAGGCCCAUGGACUAGAGACAGAUACAUGGCACCGGAUAUAGAAGCUGCGACCAAACUCUUACAAGAGGAGAAGGUCUGGUAUAAAGUAAAGCCUUUUAUAGACAACUAUCAUUCACAACAACAUGUCGAGACUCGUGUAUUUUCCCCUACUUCCAUUGGUCGCCCAGAAGGACCAGCCCCAAAGAGAAGGAAGACAACUAGUUUAUCACGCCGGAACUGAACUGGUCAUAAAAGCGGAUGUCUUUGUUAAAAUUAGUAUUUUUAAUACACAUAAGUCUUAUAAUUUGACACCUGUGUUAUUAAUUUUGUUAUUACAUGUAAAUAAAGUUGGGAAUUAGAUAUAUAACCGUGAAA